CUGACUCGCCAGCCGUCCAUCAAGGUCGUGGCCUCUCUCGGGUCCUCGCGUCGAUGCGACUGUCGCAAAAGUGAAUAACCGUGCCCAGUGUGUCGUCCGCGUCUCGCGCUCGCUCGGUUGGCCUAGCCAGGGGUCCACCGAGGCAACCGCAAGUCGUCCACACCCCACCGAGACCCUGAAGCCCCAUUUCCAUUUGCCCCGCCGGCGACAGAUACAGCUAGCAGGCAGCUCUUGACGACAAGCUAUAAGAAGACCGACAUACCGGCCACAUCCUCUCUUCUCUUCAUCAGACAACCAAAACACCUACUACUACUACAAUGGCUGCUCCCACCUUCACCCACACCUUUGACCACGCCGGCUACAAGGGCACCGUCGAGGUCCCCCUUGGCCUCUACAUUGACGGCAAGUACUCGGUCUCGGUCGACAAGAACGCCAAGACGAUCCCUGUCGUCAACCCCACCACCGGCGAGAAGCUCGUUGACCUCCCUGAGGGUCUCCCCGCCGAUGUCGACCGUGCCCUCGACGCUGCCCGCAAGGCUUACGACACCAAGUGGGGCCUCAACGUCCCCGGCUUUGAGCGUGGCAAGCUCCUCCUCAAGCUCGCCGACUUGAUGGACCGUGACAUCCCCAUCCUUGCUUCGCUCGAGGCCCUCGACAACGGCAAGACGUACGCCGCCGCUUCGCUCUUCGACGCCCCCGAGGCCGCUGGCUGCUUCCGCUACUACGCCGGAUGGGCCGACAAGAUCCACGGCAAGGUCAUUGAGACCUCGGACGGCAAGCUCAUCUACACCCGCCACGAGCCCGUCGGUGUCGCCGGCCAGAUCAUCCCCUGGAACUUCCCCCUCCUCAUGUUCGCCUGGAAGCUCGCCCCGGCUCUCGCUGUCGGCUGCACCAUCGUCAUCAAGCCCUCCGAGCUUACUCCCCUCACUGCUCAGUACAUGACCAAGCUCAUCAAGGAGGCUGGCUUCCCCGACGGUGUCGUCAACGUCGUCAACGGUUACGGUGCCACUGUCGGCAACGCCCUCUCGUCGUCGGACAAGGUUGACAAGGUCGCCUUCACUGGCUCGACCGCCGUCGGCCGCAAGGUCCUCGAGGAGGCUGCCAAGUCCAACCUCAAGAAGGUUACCCUCGAGCUCGGUGGCAAGGGUGCCAACAUCAUCUUCGACGACGCCAACCUCGCCGACGCCGUCAAGUACGCCGCCCAGGGUAUCUUCUUCAACCACGGCCAGACCUGCUGCGCCGGUUCGCGUCUCUACGUUCAGCGUGGCAUCUACGACGCCUUCAUGGAGCGCUUCGUCAAGGUCGCCCAGAAGAUCAAGGUCGGCGACCCCUUCGGCCAGGACACCUUCCAGGGCCCCCAGGUCUCGCAGACCCAGUACGACCGCAUCAUGAACUACAUCGAGUGCGGCAAGCAGGAGGGUGCUCAGGUCAUCACCGGUGGUGCUCGCUCGGGCAAGACCGGCUUCUUCAUUGAGCCCACCAUCUUCUCGGGCGGCAAGAAGGGCAUGAAGAUUGUCGAGGAGGAGAUCUUCGGCCCCGUCAUCGUCGCCGCCGUCUUCGACACUGAGGAGGAGGUCAUCAAGCUCGCCAACGACAACGUCUACGGUCUCUCUGCCGGUGUCUUCACCCAGAACAUCACCAAGGGCCACCGUGUCGCCAACAAGCUCCACGCCGGUACCGUCUGGGUCAACUGCUUCAACGAGCUCCACUCGCAGGUUCCCUUCGGUGGCUACAAGUCGUCGGGUCUCGGCCGUGAGCUCGGCGAGUACGCCCUCGAGAACUACACCGAGAUCAAGGCCGUCCACGUCCGCCUCACCCCCUACGUCGGCUUCGUCACCGAGUAAGCGCCAGUCUAGUGCAGCGGUGCGCUUGUGUGUAGUAUUCAGGCAGUCUCUGGUUUGUCUCAGCAGUAGUAAAAGGAGUAGUCGUAGGAGUAGUAGUAGUAGUAGUAUGCAGCAGCAGUUUCAUCACA